AUGGUCUGUCCUGCCAGCAACGGGCUCGGCUGUUUCCUCCCUCCUGUGCAACCCGAGGCGGGCAGACCUCCGCUGUCCCCGCGCAGGAUCCCGGGCAGCACUCGCGCCACGGCAGCCCCGGAGCCAGCGGCGCAGCCACCGAGCAGGGCUCCCGUGGUGACACUGUGGCCCAGCCUGGGGGACACGUACGGGCAGGACAGGACCUGCUGCAGCUCGGAGUGCCCCAGCGGCAUCAGGAGCAAGGUGGCGGCCACGGAGUUCAGGGACGUCUUCCUGGAGAGCAUCCCGGUGCUGCAGUGGGCGCAGCACGCGCGCCAGGACGAAUACCGGCGCCUGCGCCGCUUCCCGGGCGCGCACGGCUGGAGGGACGUCGGCUGGGACGUGGUGCAGGCGGCCCUGUCGCUGCUCAACACGUCGGCCAACGGCGCCUUGUUGGAGCGCGGGCGGCGCGGGCCCUGCGUGCGCUGCGCCGUCGUGGGCAACGGCGGCAUCCUCAACGGCUCCGGCGCCGGCCGCGCCAUCGACGCCCACGACUACGUGUUCAGGGUCAACGGGGCCAUCACUGAGGGCUUCGAGAGGGACGUGGGCAACAGGACCUCCUUCUACGUGUUCUCCACCAACACGCUCAUGAACUCGCUGAGCAGCUACGCGGCCGACGGCUUCCGCCACCCGCCCCAGACCCCGGAGACACGCUACGUCUUCCUCCCGGACCACGACCGGGACUACCUGCUGCUGCGGGCGGCCGUGAGCGGGCAGCGCGUGCAGCGCGGCAGGGACCGGGGCGCCUGGCCCCAGGAGCUCUUCGGGGAGCAGCUGCGGGCGGCCAAGUUCAAGAUGCUGCACCCGGACUUUGUGCGCUACGUGCGGAACCGGUUCUUGUGGGCCGACAUCUUGGCCACGCCGCGGCACGCGCUCUACCGGCCCUCCACCGGCGCCGUGAUGCUGCUGGCCGCCCUGCACACCUGCGACGAGGUGAGCGCCUUCGGCUUCCUGACGCCUGACUACCAGGCCUACUCGGACCACUACUUCGACCGCAGGCACAAGCAGGUGCAGUUCUUCGCCAACCACGACCUGAGGAAGGAGAUGCAGCUGUGGCAGCAGCUGCAGCGCUGCGGCCUCCUGCACCUCUACACGGGCAGGACGGGGACGUGACGCCUGCCCGGGACACUGGGCGUGCAGGAGGAGCAGGACUGUCCUCUGCAGUCCCAGGGUGUCCCCCCAAAGCCCAGGGACAGCCCUUGUGGUAGGGCUGGGGCCUGGGCAAUGAGUGCGAUGAGUUUUGCUGGGCCUCGGCCCGCCCCGUGCCUUGGUUUCCUGCUGGAGCGAGGA